UUUUAUUUUGGUUUCUUAGCAGACAGACGUUCAAGUGGACUUUCAAACACCGGCGAGGACUUCCAAGUAUGGAUAUUUUCAAGCAAAAAAAAGUUGAAGAUUUCUAUGAAAUUGGCGAAGAGUUGGGAAGCGGCCAGUUUGCUAUUGUCAAGCAAUGCAGAGAGAAAAGCACGGGACGGGAGUUUGCGGCCAAGUUCAUCAAGAAGCGCCAGAGCAUCGCCAGCUCUCGCGGCGUUCGACUGGAGGAGAUCGAACGGGAGGUGCAGAUCCUGCAGCAGAUUCGGCAUCCCAACAUCGUCACCCUGCACGAUGUCUACGAGAACCGCACCGAUGUGGUUCUCAUCCUGGAGCUGGUCUCUGGGGGGGAGCUUUUUGACUUCUUGGCCCAGAAAGAGUCUCUUAGCGAGGAGGAAGCGACGCAGUUCAUCAAACAAAUCCUGGAGGGGGUCAACUACCUGCACUCUCGGAAAAUAGCCCACUUUGAUUUGAAGCCUGAAAACAUAAUGCUGCUGGAUAAGAACGUACCACUGCCCAGGAUCAAACUCAUUGACUUCGGUCUCGCCCACAAAAUUGAAGCUGGAGUCGAGUUUAAAAACAUCUUCGGAACGCCCGAGUUUGUUGCACCUGAGAUUGUCAACUAUGAACCGUUGGGUUUGGAAGCAGACAUGUGGAGCAUCGGGGUCAUCACCUACAUCUUAUUAAGCGGUGCGUCUCCUUUUCUUGGCGAGACCAAACAGGACACACUCAAGAACAUUUCUGCCAUAAAUUACGAGUUUGAUGAGGAGUUCUUCUGCAACACCGGUGACCUGGCCAAACAUUUCAUCAGUCAGUUGCUGGAGCGAGAUAAAAAGAAAAGACUCACCAUUCGAGAUGCUCUUCAUCACCCGUGGAUCAAGGUAAUGUCAGGUUCUCCACGUUGCAACAUUAAAGGUCAAGAGCUUCCCAAACGAGAGAGGCGCCAGCUGAAGACCAAGCGCUUGCGGGAGUACACGAUCAAGUCCCACUCCAGCAUGCCGCCUAACAACACCUACGUCAACUUUGAGCGCUUUGCCCAAGUGGUGGAGGACAUCGAUCAAAUGGAACGCUCUUUUAUCAGCUUGGCCGCAUCCCACGAUUCCCUGCAGGGAGACAUUGAUGCCACGGUCUCCGUAUACAACGAAAAAGAGGCUCGGUACAAGGAGGAGAGUGAGGGAGUGCGCCACGAGCUGUCACAAAUCCGCUACGAGUUCCGUAAGGUGGAGUCCCUGAAGAGGAGUCUCCAGGACGACAUGCAGGCUUUCAGCGCCAACCUCAGCGCCAUCAGGAGUCGCUACCAGGAACGGCAGAACCACUUGGAUGCUCUCCACGUGGAGCUCAGCAAUGAGUUGAAAUGGGUGCAGGAGUUGGUAAGAAAAGUGGAAAAAAAGCAGAAUAAUCUACUUGCAAAAUAACAACUUGCAAGGCACGCUGGGAAGUUACCAUGCAUGCGUUGCGGGAUACUGCAAUAUUUCCGUACAAACGACAAUUGUUCUCACUCGAGAGCCCAGGUCAAACUUGAACGUGUUGUUAUCCUCGUCCACUCUGUCCCCCAGCGCCAUCUGCUUGGUCUUCAUGGCGUUGUAGAGCACCGACGUAAUCUUUAGCAUCUCUUUGACGGCAUAGCCAUCGGCCUGGUAAAGACGCUUGGUGUUCAUCCUGAUGUGAGCUUUCGUCGCCUGGAAUGGAACGGGAAAAACGCGCAUGAAUAGCCGUUCUCCCACAGACGUUUAUUCAGCUUGCUUUCACGUGUGGGAUGUUACCAUGAACUGGGCUACGGUCUUGAUGAGGAAUAUUCUAUCCGACUCCGUGUUCAUGUCGGUUGGAAUUUCCAUCUGAGGAUCGUAGCUGCAAAGAGUAAGCGGAAAUUAUUUCAUACAAUCUUGAAUUUCAGGAUUUUAUUUAGGUCAAUAUACUCGAAGCUAUCUAAAAAACAUCUUGCGUUAUAGGUGACAAGGCAACAUCUGAGAGGUUAGCACGCAGGCCUCACAGCUAGGAGACCCGAGUUUGAUUCCCCACUCGAGCAUCUCUGUGUGGAGUUUGCAUCUUUUCAACCUUCUAAACUAUUACUUUAAACAUUAUUAGAGCCCUCUUGACAUAAAAUAACACCCCUAUAGUCACCUUUACGCUUAUAUUACCCAAUAUAGUAGACAUAGUAAGACAAAAUAUGACUAUAAAUAAGACUUCAUGUCAGGCUGCAAUGCACAGACCUCACAGCUACGAGACCCGGGUUCAAUUCCACCCUCGGCCAUCUUUGUGUGGAGUUUGCGUGUUCUCCCCGUGCAUGCGUGGGUUUUCUCCGGGUACUCCAGCGACUCCAAAUUGUCAAUUUUUCUUUCAAUAAAAUACAGUUUUAAAAAGGGCAUAUUUUGGACAUAGUUGCAAAUUAAUCAGGAUUAAUUCAUUUGAGAAGUGAUUAAUCGCACAAUACACCAUUUUCAAAAUAUUAACUUCAUACAAAGUGGAAAGCAGUGAAGCCUGCGCGCUAACCAUACUUCCACCAUGUAGGCUUCACAGAUAAGAGACUCGGGUUCGAUUCCCCACUUGGGAUGUGUGGAGUUUGCAUGUUCUCCCCGUGCAUGUGUGGGUUUUCUCCGGGUACUCCGGUUUCCUCCCACAUUCCAAAAACAUGCUAGGUUAAUUAGCGACUCCAAAUUGUCCAUAGGUAUGAAUGUGAGUGUGAAUGGUUGUUUGUCUAUAUGUGCCCUGGGAUUGGCUGGCCACCAGUCCAGGGUGGACCCCGCCUCUCGCCCCAAGACAGCUGGGGUUUGUUUGGUUUGGCCAGUGGCUGUUUUUCUGCUGCUGUAUUUAUUUAUGUAUAAAUAUACAUAAAUAUAUACAUGUAGUUAUACAUAUAUAUGUAGUUAUCAUUAAAGAAAAUACUUUUUAUUUGCAUAUUGGUCCUGCUAGCCGCAUCCUGGGGUCGACAAGCGCAACCCUGACAUGUGUAACUUGUAAUAUAUAUGUAUAGUAGCAUAUAUAUAUAUAUGUAUAGUAGGAAAUACAAAAUAUGAGUUGUUCAUGUUCUGGUAGUAUUUGGGUUGAAAUAAGCUAUGCUAUGAAAAUAAAUGUUCCAAAAGUAAUUAUUGGACAUUUUCUAUGCUUGAAGUUGUUUUGCGCAUACCAUUGAGUUAGCCAUAUCAGGAUCUCUGCCACCAGUGUAAAGUUUGGCGUUCUGAAGUUUUCCACCGAUAUCAAGCGAGGAAAUCCCAAAGCUCUCAUCAUCUCCGUGAAAUCUGUCAAAGAGCAAUUUUCCACAAUUAGUACACAAAACAUAUUUAGGUUAUAUUUAUGUAUAUUUAUAUCUUAUACUCACUUUGCAAAUCUCUGAAAGACAUUGUGAGGUGUAAGUAUGGUGUACAUUCAAACACAAGCAUGCCUGUCUUGUUCAGGUGUGUUUUAGUUGUGUGAUGCGUUCAGGCUUUCAUCUUCGUGAUGCGUUGCCGUUGUUUGGUCGUUGGCGUCACGUCUUGACAACACGAGUGUAUAAUCACAUACAUUACAUACAUGUAUAACACGCUUUGAUGCUGCUUUUAGUCUGCAUUUUAACGACAAUAUUACUUUUGAUUGUAGCAUCCCGACGUCAUUUGCAUUGUAAAUAAAACAAAACGUUCGAAUCAAUACUGAAUUGGAUGUAUUACCAAAGACGUUACAGUUCGCAUAAGGAGAAAACACGUGUUACUUCCGUAGUACAUGUUGACAUGAUUUAGCUAUAAAUUGUAUAGUUGACCAUUCAAUUGUAUAAU